UGUCGCUGUCAGGGCAAGGCAACUUGACAGUAUGGCGGCGGAGUGCAGCUGGAAGGAUGCUACUGUCUCCCAUGAUGUUUCUAUCGCCGGCAGCACGUAAAUGGACUAUUGACGGCGCAGAGACAAGAGGAUUCAGCGAGAACGGCCUGUCGUCCUGAGCUCUGAACAUGGCCAGGCUCGCGGACUACUUUGUUGUGGUUGGUUACGACCUCGACAACCGAGUGGAGGGUGAGGGUCAGGGUCGCAUUCUCCAGCGGUUUCCUGAGAAAGACUGGGAGGACAGCCCUUUCCCACAAGGCAUAGAACUGUUCUGUCAGCCCAGCGGUUGGCAGCUGGUUCCAGAGCGGCAGCCAGCCUCCUUCUUUGUUGCGGUGUUGACUGACAUCAACUCGGAUCGUCACUACUGUGCCUGCUUUACUUUCUGGGAGGGCUUGGACAAUCCACAGCUGAAGAAGACUGAGACUGGUGAUGCUGAUGAGGCAGACGAGGAGCCAACUGUAGUCCAAACUCCUAAAGUUUUUGCACCUAAGAGCCUGGUGGUAGUGUCUCGACUUGAUUACACAGAGGCGUUCAGGAACUGUCUUGGUCUGAUCUACACCGUCCAUGUAGACAGCCUUUCAGCCCCCUUAGAAACUGUGAUCGGAAACCUUCUAACUUGUGUCAUUCCCAUUGCCGGAGGCUCCCAGAUAGAUGAGUCCCCAGUUUGUAGUUUAGACAAAGUUCCCCAGUCCCCGGCCUGUGACUGGCUGCUGGCCUGUCUCCAGCGGGGUCCAGAGCAGAGAGAGGACAGUUUGAGGACAAUUACAUUAGGUGCUGGCGACCGACAAGUUAUCCAGACUCCCAUCAAUGACUCCCUUCCUGUCAGCGGCAGCAGUGUGGCUCAGCUCUUUAGGCAGCUUGGUAUAGUCAACGUGUUGUAUCUGUUCUGUGCUGCUCUGACGGAGCACAAGAUCCUGUUUUUGUCCAGCAGCUACCAGAGACUAACAGACGCCUGCCGAGGGCUGCUGGCCAUCAUGUUCCCCCUCCAAUACAGUUUUACCUAUGUUCCUAUUUUACCCGGGAAACUACUGGAGGUCCUGAGCACUCCCACCCCCUUCAUCAUUGGUGUCAAUUCAUUCUUCCGGUCUGAGACACAAGAACUGUUGGAUGUAAUCAUCGCUGACCUGGAUGGAGGCACAGUUACCAUCCCUGAAUGUCUCCACAUCUCUCUGCUGCCUGAACCUCUUCUGCAGCAGACCCAGACUGCCCUCUCCAUGGUUUUGGAUCCAGAGCUGGAGUUUGCAGAUCAGGCGUUUCCCCCACAGUCCAUUCAGCCUUCUGCACUCAAGAUCCAGGAUAAGGAAAUCCGAGCAGUCUUCCUGUGGCUCUUUGCUCAGCUUUUUCAAGGCUAUCGCUGGUGUUUACAUAUUAUCCGAAUUCACCCAGAACCUGUAAUCCGCUUCCAUAAGGCGGCCUUCCUGGGUCAGAGAUCCCUGACGGAGGACGACUUCCUCAUGAAGGUGUUGGACGGGAUGGCAUUUGCAGGCUUUGUAUCAGAGAGGGGUCCUCCUUACAGAGCCACUGAUCUCUUCGAUGAUCUUGUUGCCAACCAGGUGGAGCGAAUACGACAAGAGGAGGCCUGCCCACACAAAGUCAUGAAUCAUAUCAAAGAGCUGGCAGAGCAACUUUUUAAAAAUGAGAAUCCCUAUCCCGCAGUUGCGAUGCACAAGGUCCAGAGGCCAUCAGAAAACAGCCAGAACACAGGCAAAAGUCAGACUCCCUUUCCUGUUCUGGAUGAUGUUGCAGUACAGCUCUUCAUCGAUCAUGCUGUUGCCAAGCUCAAGACGGCACCUCCUGUUGUCAAGGCAGAGCUCAAGAGCAUGGUGCCUUCUGGACCUCUGCUGGGAGACAUUGUUGACAGGAACGGUAAUGUGAUGGCUAACAGCGCUCGCAGGCUGGAGGUGGUCAGGAACUGCAUCACAUACAUCUUUGAAAAUAAAAUGCUGGAGGCAAAGAAGCUGAUGCCAGCUGUGCUGCGGGCGUUAAAAGGUCGCACAGCAAGGGUCUGUUUGACCCAGGAGUUAAAUCAGCACGUUCUCCAGAACCGAGCUGUGCUAGAUGACCAGCAGUUUGACUACAUUGUUCGCAUGAUGAACUGCACUUUACAGGACUGUUCACAUAUGGAUGAACAUGGUAUUGCAGCUGCUCUGCUUCCUCUUGUCACUGCCUUCUGCAGAAAACUGGGGGCAGGCGUCACUCAGUUUGCCUACAGCUGUGUACAGGAACACAUGGUGUGGACUAACAUGCAGUUCUGGGAGGCCAUGUUCUACGGCGAUGUUCAGAACCACAUUAAAGCUCUGUACAUGGAGGAUAGAGGCCAGCAGAAAGACUCGCAGGACCAACAGGAAGGGUCAGCCAACAAAAGAGAAAUCAGCGCCUUGGAGCUUGCAGCAGAGCAAAACCGUCUGUGGCCGACCCUCAACAAAGAGCUGCAGAUGGAGCGUGUACAGAAGGAGGAGAGCACUGUGUUUAGCCAGGCCAUCCAUUACGCCAACAGGAUGAGCUACCUGCUGCUGCCACUGGACACCAGCAAAAACCGGCUGCUGAGGAGUUCUGGCCUCGGUGACGUGGAGAGCGUCAGCAACAGCUACGUCACAAACAGUAUUGCAGGAAGUAUGGCAGAGAGCUACGAUACAGAGAGUGGCUUUGAAGAUGCAGAGAGCUCAGACGUGGCCAACUCAGUGGUGCGCUUUAUCAACCGCUUUGUAGAUAAAGUGUGUAAUGAGAGCGGUGUGACGAACGAGCACCUGAAGGCACUUCACACCAUGAUACCAGAUAUUGUUCAGAUGCACAUCGAGACACUGGAUGCAGUCCACAGGGAGAGUAAGAGACUGCCUCCAAUCCAAAAGCCCAAGCUGCUAAGCCCGACUCUACUGCCCGGUGAGGAGCUGGUGAUGGAUGGCAUGCGGGUCCACCUCAUCCUUGAUGGCCGCGAAGAGGCAACGGGACACAUGGGAGGCCCACCUCUUCUUCCUGCAGAGGGCGCCAUCUUUCUUACUACAUACCGUCUGAUCUUCAAGGGCACCCCAAGUGACGCAUUGGUGGGUGAACAGAUAGUGACUCGCUCCUUUCCCGUCGCCUCUUUGACCAAGGAGAAGAGGAUCUCGGUCACAUUACCCUUGGACCAGUUUGUCCAGGAGGGCCUACAGCUCCGAUCCUGCACAUUCCAACUAAUGAAAAUUGCAUUUGAUGAAGAGGUUGCAUCAGACCUGGCUGAGAGUUUCAGGAAACACCUACAUAAGCUGCGCUUUCCUCAGCAUGUCCAGGGCACCUUUGCCUUCACAGUUGGUCAAAGUGGCAAGCUGGUGUUGGAGCCCAAAACUAAGGACAAGAACCAGUCAUUAAAAACUCUUUCCAAAAACCUGGUGAAGAAUGCAAAGAGGACAAUUAGUCGGCAGUAUGUCACCAGAAAGAAGGAGUCUCCACCCACCUGGGAGAACAGGAGCAGCCUCCAGUCUGAGCUGGAUGAAGAUGAAAUCUCAGUCUCAGAGGAAGUCGAUCAGAGCGCCCUGACCCUGUCCUCUACCAUCCGCUCUUCAGACAGACAGACUAUGAGCAACAUUGUGGAGCGCGCCUGCUGCCGUGACUACCAGCGCCUUGGUCUGGGCACGCUCAGUAGCAGCCUGACUCGAUCUAAGAAUGAGCCGUUCAGGAUUUCUACUGCUAAUCGCAUGUACAGUGUCUGCAGGAGCUACCCUGGCUUGCUGAUCAUUCCUCAGAACAUCCCGGACUCCAGCAUCCAUAGAAUCUGCCGCUGCUACCGACAGAAUCGCUUCCCUGUUGUGUGCUGGAGACAUUCACGAAGCAAGGCUGUCCUGCUGCGCUCAGCGGGCCUUCAUGCCAAGGGAGUAGUCAGCUUCUUCAAGUCUCCCAAUGCACCAACUUCAGUGCCAUCUCAAGCAGACUCAACGAGCCUCGAGCAGGAGAAAUAUCUUCAAGCCAUCAUCAGUUCCAUGCCCUCCUACAGUGAGAGUACAGGCCGGAACACUCUGAGUGGCUUCACAUCCACACAUAUGAACACCUCUGAUUCAUCUGAUAAACUCAGACAGCCCAAGAUUGGAGAUUUGAUGAAGCAGGUUCUGGGCAACAAGGAAGACGUCCCUGGAACUUUCAGCAGAGGAGCACUUGGUCAAAAGGCGAAAGUCGUCUCCCUCUCUCAGCCCAGAGUCUCUGGCAAAGCUAGGAACUCUCCUAGAGGUAAAUGGGGCAGCAUCCGGGGCAGUGGCCGUCUAAGCGCGUACAACCCAGACAUCGGGACUCGUUUGGCUGGUAAAGAGUCUCCACAGCCCAAUGGAGGACCCAACGAUCCAUUGUUCCUGCGCCAGCAGAAAACCUACCUCUACAUCAUCGGGGACAAGGCCCAGCUCAAGGGAGGAAAGCAGGAGUCCUUCCAGUACUGGGAGGUGAUUCCCAUCGAGGUGUGCGACGUGCGGCAGGUGAAGAACAGUUUCAAGAAGCUGAUGAAAGCCUGUGUGCCAAGCUCGCCAACCUCAGACCCUAAUAUGAGCUUCCUGCGCCUUCUUGAGGACUCUGAGUGGAUGGCUCUGCUUCACAGAGUGCUGCAGGUGUCUGUGUUGGUGGUGGAGCUACUGGACACAGGCUCCUCAGUCAUGGUCAGCCUGGAGGACGGCUGGGAUGUUACAACACAGGUGGUGUCCCUGGUGCAGCUGCUUUCUGACCCAUACUACAGAACAUUCGAUGGUUUCCGACUGCUAAUAGAAAAGGAGUGGCUGUCGUUCGGCCACAAGUUCAGCCACCGUGGUGCACAGACGCUGGGCAGCCAGAGUAGUGGCUUUACCCCCAUCUUUCUGCAAUUCCUCGACUGUGUACACCAGAUCCACCUUCAGUUCCCCAUGGAGUUUGAGUUCAGUCAGUACUACCUGAAGUUCUUGGCCUACCACUAUAUGUCCAACCGCUUCCGCACCUUCCUGCUCGACUCGGACUAUGACCGCAUCGAACUAGGAGUUCUGUACGAGGAAAAAAGCGACAGGAAACAUCCUCAGGUGUGCAAGUCUGUUUGGGACUUCAUCGACCGACUCAACAAGAAAGCACCCAUCUUCUACAACUACAUGUAUUCCCCAGAAGAUGAGGAGGUCCUGCGGCCAUACACCUUUAUUUCCAACCUGAAGGUGUGGGACUUCUACUUGGAGGAAACUCUGUCGGAGGGACCUCCCUACGACUGGGAGCUGAGGAGCAGGCAUGAGCGUCUGGCAGAGGAGACGGUAGAGAAAGCUGACACCGGUGCUCCAAAAUCUCAGCGGCACAUUGUGUGGCCGUGUUACGACAGCCUGAGCAAGGUGAUGCCUGACGCCAUCACCAAGCUGCUGCAAGACCUGCAGAACCUGGAGGCUGAGCUCGGCCUGACGUCAGAGAAGUGGAAGGACACAUGGGACAAAAUCAAGACCACACAGAGGACUGAGUCCAAACUGGAAAGCAAACCAUCAUUCUCCAGUUCUCUAUUGAUGUCCUCUAACCUCAGCCACCAGCGGCGUUCCCACGGUGUCUGUCUGCAGGAGAGUGGUGUUGGGUCUUCCAUCAAGCUAGGUCUGGACUGUGAGGCUAGCACCACAUCCACCCCUGUCGCGGGUCGGCCAAGUACCAGCACACUUUACAGCCAGUUCCAGAGCACGGAGAGCGAGAACAGGAGUUUUGAAGGCAUUUUGUACAAAAGAGGAGCAUUGCUGAAACCAUGGAAACCAAGGUGGUUCGUGCUGGAUAAAACGAAACACCAGCUGCGAUACUACGACAGCAGACAGGACAAAGUGUGCAAAGGUGUGAUUGAACUGUCAGAGGUUGAGUCAGUCACAGUGGGAACACCUACCAUGGGAUCACCGAAAAACGUUGAGGAGAAAGCCUUCUUUGAUCUGAAAACGGCCAAACGAGUGUAUAACUUCUGUGCCCAGGAGAGCUCAAAUGCACAGCUGUGGAUGGACAGUAUUCAGAGCAGCCUGUCAGAUGCCUAGAGAGGAGCUGGGACUGAGUAGCUGAUGCAACCAGGACAAAAAUGGGGAGUGCAGCUGUGCCUGAUGGAUGCCUCAGCAGAACAAAGAGGGAAUGGGGCCUUUCACCACUGCUCACUAGUGUUGAACUAAUAACCUGAUGUCACAUGUUACAUUGUUUCUGUUAUAAACGAGAAGAAAAGUCCCAGAAAGACUAGCUCCCCAUGAGUCUGAACACUGUGUUUUAGAUGCACAAAAUCAACACAUGUUCCUGGGAGGUUUACUGCAGCUUGGACCAGCAUCAAGAUCCUUCCAGACCCUCCACCUGUUAACCACCACCUGCUCCUUCUUUACUAACCCCACUCACACUUUAAGGAGGAAUGACGGAGGAGCUGGAGGCAGCCAAGCUGCACACUGAACUUAUUAGACUGCCCAAAAUAGAAUCCCACGGACUAACAGCUGGGUUGAUGGACCAAAUCUGCUCUGAGGAACAUCUACAUUCCUCAUAAAGCUCUGCUCUCACUGCCUCAUGCAGCCCACUGAUGGUAUGUUGCUGUGGAGACAGUAGAACAGGAGAGCUGUAUAACGGUUCAUGAAGGAUUUCCUUUUCUUUUAAAGUUUUUUUUUUUUUUUUUACAGUCAGACGUUUGUAUCAGAAAGAGCAAUCCUUCAUUAGCUGCUCUCAAUAGGUGGCAGCAUUCUCUGAAAGCCAUGAACCCGUUGUGAAAAUCAAACCAGAAGAACCAGUGGGAGAUUCAGAAUCAUAAAAGUGUUUACACAAAGUUUCCUCGUUCAGCUCCACUCUGUUUAUGGCCCCUGUGCUUUUAUCCAACCACUGUUACCAUGGAGAUUUUUAAGGGAUGUUGAAGGAAAAAGGAGGGAUUUCUAUCAUGUCAUCAGAGCAAUCUAUAGGAGGUAAGGAAGAUGGGACAUGGAGAUGAGGGAUACUGUGAUAUUAUGUGAUGUGUCAGAGAUAGAUUUAGGGAUGGACAUAAGCUGUUGGAAACAAGUUGUAAAAGGAAAAUUGUGGUAUUUUAUCUUUUCAUUUUGACCAGAGUAGUAUUUUUUAUAUUUUUUUUUUUGCACUUUAGGCCCAGCCUGAGUGGCACUUUCCAAUCCUUCCUAUAAAGUAUAUCAAGUUAACAAAUCAGUCAUUGUCAGUGUUUCCCCUACGGCAGUGAAACAGAAACGAAACAAUCAGAACUCCACUAAUAGAGUUGGAGCUGGGAUGAAGAAAGAUGCCAGAAUUUUCCUUUACAAAGUGAAACUGAACCCAGUGUUAAUUUGCUCCCCAGACGUCCGUCAUCUUGGAUGUAACCUGGCUAGGACCAGUUCACAGCUGGUAAUUCUGUAGAGGACCGGUAAUGUUUCCUGGACGGUUGAUGGUUUGUAAAGACAGCCCCUCCUCCACCCACAAGCAGCCACCCACUCCGGCCCACAGUUGUUCACGACAACCCCCUACUUUGUAUCAUACACUUCUACUGCUGUCUGAACAUAAAACUAAAAAUUGUAGUUUAUUUGUGUCUAACAACUCCUUUGUAUAUACUACUCCAGAUUUGUAUGUAACAUUUAUGGUAGUAAUUUAUUUAACGUGUCUCCUCAGUAAUGAAAGCACCACUUUCUUUUAAAAUUAGGAAUUCAAUGUGCCAUUUAUUUUUGUAUUAAUGUGACUAAUACUUUUUUAAUGCGCAAGUAAACAUUUAUUGCUCUUUGUUUUGUUUACACCGUCAUUAUUACCUUAUAUGAAAUGUUCAUCAGAGAGUGGAAGUGGUGUGUAAGUAGAAGACUCUGGGUUCGGUUAGAUUUGACAGUUUUGCUCAUCCACCCACCUACAGGGCCAUCAUGUAGAGGUUUUUUUUGUUCCCUUAGUAAAAAUAAAUCAUCAACAUGAAAUCCUUCCUAGUGCUGGGUUCUGUUCUGCUGACCGGCUGUGGUAACACACUUCUCAUGCGUCAGUACAACAGUAGCAUCAACUUAAAAAUGAUGAAAACUGCUGCAAACAUACUUUUUUAUGAGCUCUUGUUUUGAAUAUUAAAUUGAUUUUUUUUCUGACACAAUCAGAGGUUACUUCAUUGCACUAAACCAUGUUAGUUGUAAACAGAGAAGUAGAAAGCCAUCCUCUGUAAAGUUCAGGAUUUGCUGCUGAUAUAUUGUAAUAUAGAAGGAAGCUCAACAGCUGAAACAUCUGUGUAUCUUCCUUUGAUUGGGUUCUGCUGAUCCAAACUAAAACGGUCCAACAUGUAUUGACUCAGUUUCAGGUGAGCUUGUGCUGUGUGUGAUAAUCUUGCCCAGCAUAGUAGCUGGAGCAAAUUCACAGGUUAGCAGAACCCACCUUUGUAAGCACUCUGUGUAUUACUUCGUGUAGCUUCAGUCCCUAAGUCAACUUGUCUCUAGUUUAUUCCUCACACAGCUCAGCUAACCACAAUCUGACAGAUUCCUUAAUUUAUUGGUCCAUUUUUCUGUUUAGAAAUGACCUGAGCCGGGAUAUCAAUCGUGUCAUUCUAGUUUUUAGAAUCCAAAUAAAUACCGUGGGUUUAAAUGUU